AUGAACAUACACCGCGUCACCGUGACUCGCGUGUGGAACCAAUUCCUGCGAAACAGCCACAUGCCAUCAGCGAAGCCUGGUCGUGUUGGACGCAAACCAACCCACACGGAUGACGAGAUAACCGACCUCAUCAACGACGUACCCGAAGAGCAACGCUCAACCAUGCGUGAUAUCGCCGAGGCCACCAGCCUGUCGUUGUCUGCCGUGUACCGCAGCUUUCGCAAAGGAACCCUGCAACGGCAUUCGUCUCGACUCAAGCCUCUGCUUACGCGGCAUUUCGAGUUUGACGACAUGUGGGACAUUGUUCACCUCGACGAAAAGUGGUUUAACGCCGACAAAAACCGACGUAUGGUGUACCUUGUGAAGGGCCAGACGAUCGGGCGCCACGCUGUCAAAAGCAAAAUGUUUACCUCCAAAGUGAUAUUUUUGGCCGCCGUGGCGCGUCCAAGAUUCGAUGAGGCCCGUGGCGCCAAAUUCACUGGAAAGAUCGGCAUGUGGCCUUUUGUUGAGUUCCGGCCUGCUGUCCGCAACUCGCGCAAUCGUCCAGCUGGUGCCACCGUGCCUACACUCGUGAAUGUAAGUGGUGAUGUAUAUUUGGAAUAUGUUGCUACGAGGGUUAUUCCUGCGAUCAUGGUUGCAUUCCCUAGAGCUAGCUGGAUUCACAAGCGCGUCGUGCUGCAGCAUGAUAACGCUUCGCUGCACCGUGUAAUCACAGAAGCUGUCCUUGCGACUGUGUCUCUUGACGGAUGGACAUUUGUCCUCCGGCGCCGACCACCCAACAGCCCAGACCUCAAUGUCCUGGACCUGGGUUUCUUUGCUUCAAUUCAAGCGCUACAAUACAAGGUGGUGAGCCAUUCCAUUGACGAUGUUGUUCGUUCUACCUUGGAGGCCUUUGAAGCAUUGAGCGUGGAAAAGCUUGAGAAUGUGUUCCUGACCUUGCAUGCCGUCAUGCGGCUUGUGCUCGAACACCAAAGCGACAACCGUUUCCGCCUUCCUCAACUCCACAAGGAUACAAUGCGACGCGCCGGUGCUCUGAUGACCAACAUGUCAUGUCCUUCGCGCCUUCUUGAAUAG